CGUGUUUUGUCGUUAUUAGCGAUUAACGAAUCCACCGUUACGUUUUUGUUUUUUUUUCUCUUGAGAGAGCGCGCAUAAAACGAAGACUGGGAGAAAUAAUAAAAAAAAAAAAAAACGGAACGGAGAAGGGAUAUUGUACUGUAUACUCGGCGACCGAGAAGCUGAAGGAGUGCCAUGCGUUGCGAGUCUACGGAAAAAUAGUCCCCCAACGAAUCGACAGAGUUAUUUCACUCGUUCAUUUUUUACACUUCGAUAAGUUCGUCGCCGAAUUUUAUAUUGUUAAAUUCAGAUCCAUAUAUAUAAUAGUCAGAGAAAAAAAAGCAAAACAGCGAAGUAUAAAGGAUUAUUCCGAGGCAAAAACUUUUCGACACGAGUUCGCGUUUUAGUGAAGUGUGAAGACGCGGAAAGAAAGACUAAAAACAUGGGAUGCAUUGUGGGCCGAAACCUCGGCCCAGACGAUACGGGGUACCCUGGAUCAGGUUUCAUGGCGGCGAUCAGGAAGAAACUGGUGAUCGUGGGCGACGGUGCCUGUGGUAAAACUUGCCUGCUGAUAGUAUUCAGUAAAGAUCAAUUUCCUGAAGUUUACGUGCCUACUGUUUUCGAAAACUAUGUGGCCGAUAUCGAGGUCGACGGUAAACAAGUUGAACUCGCCCUAUGGGAUACAGCUGGUCAAGAGGAUUACGAUAGGUUGCGUCCACUCUCGUAUCCGGACACGGACGUAAUCCUCAUGUGUUUUUCCAUCGACAGUCCCGAUUCAUUGGAGAACAUUCCCGAGAAAUGGACGCCCGAAGUUAAACACUUCUGUCCUAACGUACCAAUUAUUCUCGUCGGUAAUAAAAAGGAUCUUCGCAAUGAUCCUAGCACGAUUAAAGAACUUGGCAAAAUGAAGCAAGAACCGGUAAAACCCGAGGAGGGCAGAUCAAUGGCUGAAAAAAUAAAUGCCUUUGCAUACCUCGAGUGCUCUGCCAAGAGCAAGGAAGGUGUUCGAGAGGUCUUCGAAACGGCGACCAGAGCCGCGUUGCAAGUAAAGAAGAAGAAGAAGGGAAAGUGUAGGCUGCUUUGAGGUAUAUUACGAGAACGGGCCCAACGCCGACAAGUGAAGAACACACAAGGAAUUGCGGAGCUAGCUGCAACGAAGCUAGUCGUAAUGCCGGAGGCCCCCCCAGCAUAAACUAUGAUACACUAAUAUCUUAUCUUUAAUUACUUUACAUAAUAAACAACAAAGAAAACAAAAAGGAUAAAGAACAUCAGAUUAACAAAAAUAGCAACAUGUAAUGCAAAAGUUCAUAAGAAUUACGAGAAAAAAAAAACAAAUAUUCGAGAAGAAACGAGUAAAUUUUUAAUACGAAAACAAACGAAAAACAAAACAUUACCAGCAAUCGAGAAAAUCCACACGAUACGAUAUACAUAUCUCAGAUAUAUGUGUGCGUAUUUAAAUGACUCUUUAAUUGUAUCUCAAAGUAAAUGAAGAAAAAUGCUACAAGAAGACUUGACUGACUACGAAAAUCGUCAUCCCUCAACAAUUCACAAAUACAACACGCAAUUAUCUUCGCGUAAUAACUUUGAUCAUCACUGCAUCUAAUUCUCAAAAGGCGGUUUACAUCCUUUCUUUUUUAUUUUUUUUGUUCCGUUAUAUUUUUUUAAAUUGGAGUUGUAUUUCGUUUCGGCAAUGAACUGUCAAUACGUAUGAAGAACAGGAGAGUUCUGCGUACAUUGGAGAAAAAGAAUGAGGGAGCAAGCAGUAGGUGCACGAGGGGAGUAGGAAUAAAUACAAUUUUUUUGAAUAUUGCAAUGAAAUAGUAGAAAAGACGACGAAUGUAGAGGGGGAUGGAGAAAAAAAAUUAAAUAGUACGAAGUUCGAGUGCGAAACUUGUCUUUUGUACGGCUCGUAAUUGCAUGAAGCAUUGUAAGAUUUUUUAAAUUCAACUGCAAAAGAAUAAUGAGAGAAUGGGGGGAAAAAGUGAACAUUUCUAUUUUAAUGUGAACGUGCAUAAAUAGACUAUACCAGAUCACUUUGAUCAUUAAAAAUACCACAUAGGCUAAAUGUAUUAUUAUUAUUAUUAUCAUUAUUAUAUUAUAUUAUAUUAUAUUGUAAUACGUUGACACUAACAUAACGAAUUGUAAUAGCAGCUAUAUUAUAUUUAUGUACUCCGAAAAAUUAGCAGCGACCUCCUGUAUAGCUUUUUAAUGAUUAUUCGUGAUUAUCAACCCCUCAUAAUGGACGCAUGCAACUCAAAAAACCUUACGAGAACAAUUAUUGCCGGAGUUUUAUACAUAUUGGAACGAAACAAAAUAUAGUUUGAGCGUUUUAUCAGGAUUAAUAUUUUUCUUUUUUUUUUCUAUUCAACAAAACAAGAAAUCAAUAAUAAUUUCGUAACGACUUGCGAGAGAUUAUCACGACUGGCAAAGAAGCGAAAAUAUAUAUGUCCAGAUAUAUAUUUAUAUUAUACAUUUUUUUUCAUCAAGCCGUAGUUCACGUAAAUAAGAAUUCGUCACGUUUUUUAUUGACCAAGUGCCGAUUUCGCAAAAAAAAAAGAAAAAGGAAAAAAAAACUAUAUAUAACGACAGUCGAACUCUAAACUCGAAUGCUUCGCGCGCAAUAAAUGUUGCGCAAAUUUACUGAAUAAAAUAAUAAUCGCAGCUUCAUCAUUUCAUGUGAAUACAAUCAAUUGUUAUAAUUUAUAUAGUACGCCUCGAACUGCCUCGAAGAUGAAGAGAAAAAACAUUAUUUCUCAAUGAUUCAUUUGUGCGGAGAGAGAAAAAAGUUCGUCGCGUCGCUGGAUGAAAGGAAUUGGUGUUUGAUUGUGUGUAUUUGCGGAAACGCCUUCGAUCCGGUUUGCGACGACAAUUUGCCGAGCCAAGAAAUCAACGUCCUGGAGCAUAAAAUCUUCAAAUCGAUUCGUCUGGGACAACUGGAAUAAUUUCAAUGUAUUUCUUUCUAAUAACUCUCGAAAAUGCAAAAUUUCACAAUUUA